GUUUGAUUUGUCGUUCCCUGAUGUCCGCCCACGAGGUUAGCGACGACGGUUCAUCGACAUCUUCUCCCGGGACCCGACGACCUGUGACCAAUUCGCCACUGAUCUCUCGGUUUUCCUUCGUUCCACCAUGUCCACUCAAACGCAAGUCCGUAUUGUCCCCCACAAUCCAUCCACCGCGUCAAGCAAGGAAAUCGAAUCUGCUUUCCCUGGAGACAGUCUUUCCAAAGUCGGCACUGCGCGUGUCUUCUGGGGACCACCGACCAUUACCGCUGUUUCGACCUUGGGAGACAAGUUUGAUAACAAAAAGGGAGACGAGAGAAGGGAAAUCAUUAGGAAGGCUGUUGGAAGCGCUGUGAAGGCCGUUAAAGUCAAUUUGGAGGGUUUAAAUACGAAAGAAAAUAUUAAGAAGGUUAUCCAAGUGGAGGUCGAUGAUGCACUUGAUCCUCAUGCUGCUGCUGUUGCGGCUCAUUUGGCGGCAUUCGAAUUCACUCUCAAAACUAACCCAGUUCCGUCUCGCUUCAAUCCCAAUUUGAAGCAACCAAUUCCGGAGAAAUUCCAGUUCAGACCAAUCAAACCCUCCAGAGAAUGGGAGCGGGGAGUUACUUACGCGUAUUCUCAGAAUCUUGCCAGAACGCUUGCAGAACUCCCGGCCAACAUGAUGACACCGACCAUAUUCUGUGAACGCGUCAAGAAAGAAUUCGAGGGCGUCGCAAAUGUGGAAAUUAUCGUUAGAGAUGAGAAAUGGGCCGAAUUAAAAGGAAUGAACACAUUCCUCUCGGUCACACAUGGAACAUCUGAACCUGCCAAACUACUCGAGAUACAUUACAAAGGCGCAGAAUCAAAAGAUGAGAAACCUGUUGCACUUGUGGGUAAAGGAAUCACCUUCGACUCUGGUGGAAUUUCUUUGAAACCUGGUGAAGGCAUGAAACUCAUGCGAGGGGAUAUGGGUGGUGCUGGCGCGGUCAUCUCCGCUACCUUGGCCAUUGCUAAACUCAAACUACCCGUUAAUCUCGUUACUGUAACACCCCUUACGGAGAACAUGCCCGGCCCCGCUGCUACGAAGCCUGGUGAUAUCGUUUACGCCAUGAAUGGCAAGACCGUUGAAGUCGACAACACUGAUGCCGAGGGCCGUCUGGUUCUUUCCGAUGCUAUCUAUUACACCGGUACUGAAUACAAGCCUCAUACGCUGAUUGAUGUGGCAACAUUAACUGGUGCAAUGGUGGUCGCGGUGGGAGAGCAUUACUCUGGGGUUUUCUCCUCUUCGGAUGAACUUUGGCAAAAAUUACACGAAGCUGGGGCAUAUGAGUACGAUAGGUUUUGGCGUAUGCCUCUUGACGAAGAUUAUGGCCCCCAAAUAUACUCUUCCAACGUUGACCUCUGCAAUAACGGUGGAAGACCAGCUGGUAGUUGUACCGCCGCUUUAUUCCUCAAGAACUUCGUUCCUGGUCUCGAAGCCGAUGAGCCUACGAUUGAAUGGGCUCAUAUUGAUAUUGCUGGAGCUAAGGGAGUGAUAAGGCCGAGGGCGUAUAUGGAAGUGGGAAUGUCAGGAGCACCUGUUAGAGGUUUAAUUGAGUAUGUUAGGAGGCUUUCGGGUACUGCUUAGGCAUACAGUAUAUCCGAAUCCAAGCAUAGUAUCACUCC